AGAGGGUCCAAUCGGUUCCAUACAUUGCAUAUUAAGCAGAAAAGAGGGAUUUUUCUCCCAAUUCGUUCUAUCGAUCUCUGUUUUCUCAAUCUUUUGUGUUUCAAUAACCAUUAAUUUGUUUCUUACUGUUUGUAUUUGUUACGUUCAUCAAUUAUUCAGUUUCAGGUUGAAGAAAGAGACGGGAAGAGGAAAAAGAAGGGCGACAAGAAUUAAAACCUAAUGGGAGGCACCGGUUCUUCCUCUAAAAGAAAAUCUUCUAAGAAGAAAAGCUCCAAGAAUUACUCUCAGGUUUCACGGAAGAAGACGAUUAGGAGAAAUGAAUCCAAGAAGCGUCGCCAUCGACAUGACUCAGACGACGAUUCAAUAAAUUCGGCUAGCAUUUCAACUUCCUCUUCAGAAUAUGGUUAUAAAAGCAGAAAAAGAAAAUAUAAAAAGAUCAGGCGUGAUUAUUCAAUUUCAUCUGAUGAUAAUUCUAUGAGUGCAGCUUCUGAUUCACUGUCCAGUUCACAUGAUGAUUAUAGGAGUAGGAAAGCGAAAUCUGGCUCACAGCAUAGAAGGAAAAGAGCCCGUGAAAGAUCUAUAGUCCCUUAUAGAAAUAAGAAUUCACAUGAUGUUAAAAAAAGAAAAAGAUCAAAAAGAAGCCAUGAUGUUAAGCCUAAGAAGAAAUCUUUAAAGAAGUCUAAAAAACAUAUGAAGGUCAGUUCUUCAAGCUCUGAUUCACAGAGCUGCUCCACAUACCGAAGUAGAAGUAGUGAGAGGACUACAGAGAUAGGAAGGGCAAAAGUAAUGUUUGAUGAGGAAAUAGAAGGAGCUAGAGGUAGGGAUGCAAUUAAGAUUCACAGGAAACGCAAAGUUAGAUCUCCUAGUUGUUCUUCUUGUAGUCGAGAAAAUGACCAUAGUGUUAGUCAAACUGAGGUCGUAACAACUGCAAAUAGUUCUAGGCGUCUAAAAUCAGUUAUUGCUGUUCUGGAACAACCCCAUGACGAAGAGGAAAACAAAUGGGAGUCAGAUGCAAAUAAAGAAGAGAUCGUGUACAAUCUUGAUGAUUUCCCUUCUCCUAGAAGCGUUGAAAGUGAUGAUAUGGGGCAUAAAGAGGAAUCGUAUUAUCAUUCUCCUGGUGCAUCCAAUAAGAAGAGUCGACUAGAAGCUGUUGGAGGAGAAGAAGUAACUGAAUGCUCACUCACUGUAAUGGAGGGUAGUGAUCAAAAAAAUGAUAAUGUGGAUAUUAAGUCAAAUGAGGUUGAUUCAAAUACUUCUGAGAAGAAAAGAAUAACUGACGUUUCUGUUUCUGUGACUGAUCUAGGUGGGGAUGAUCUAGAGUCAAUUCUGAGGCAAAAAGCUUUGGAAAAUUUGAGGAAGUUCCGAGGGGGGCUUCAAACAUGUACUGCUAAUCAGAAAAUUGAUAAUGAGAGUGAUGUCAAUAAAUUUUCCAGUGCAGGGGUUGAUGUUAUUCAGAACAAAUCAACUAAGCAGGAUAGCUCUAACGAGGUGUCUCUUACUCGAGAAAUGGAUCAUAGUAGUACGCCCACAUUAAAAAGGAAUUUAUCUCAUCACAAAGAGAUUAAAAAAAUAACAACAGGUCAUGGAGAUGUUGGGCAAGAACCUAGCACCAAUAAACACUACGAAGAAAAUGAGGAUUGCACUGCUGCUCGUGCAGUUAUUGCUAAGCCUAUAUCAAGCACCGAUCCUAAUCAGGUUGCAGGAGCUACUAACGGAUGUAGUUCUGCUACUAUGGAAUCGACUUUUGUUGAACCAACUUCUGGAGAGCAUACCUUAAAGGACCCGCAAAGUGAAGCUAAGGAUGGUUCACAAUUUGAGCAGAAAAGAAUGUCUGUAAUGAGGGGUGGUGAAAUGGUAGAGGUGAGCUAUAAGGUUUACAUCCCGAAAAGAGCACCUGCUCUAGCUAGGAGGCAUCUCAGGCGGUGAUGUCAUGAAAACAUAGAUUUGGGGUUGAUGAACCUUCGACAACUCAUAUGUUAUGUCACAUUCUACAAGCUCCAAAUCUGCGUGAAGAAAUAAUGUCUAGUUAUGGGUCAAUAUGGGCUGGUACAUCGUCUUCGGGUGAAAUUUGAUUUGUCUUAAUGAUGUUACAUUUUCAUUCAGCCUGUCUUCCUCAGGCUCUAAUUUAUCUACCUCCCUUUUUCGUAAGGCGACCUCCAAGCUAUGGGUUCUUGUUAGGCCCCAAGAGAAGAUGUUUCUGCAGGUAAGAAGAAAUAACUGGUCAGAACUUGGAAUUUCUGAAAUGUAAUAAAAAUCUAGCUGUAUUGAUUAAUAUUAAAUUACUUAUGGACAUCAGAAUAUCGACCUUGUUUUGGUUGUCUUGUACAAUUAUCCCGAGUUUAUGCAACUUGUUUUCCUGUUUUCCUUUCCCAUAAA